GGCGGUGGUUCCUCAACCAGUGUUCAAUGGUUCUGUUCCAAAUUUAAGAUUGGAUUCACCAGACAAAUAUUUUGAAGAUGAAAAAUCGGGACUGCUUAUGGAAGAAGUGGUUAAAGAACAUCAGAAGUAUGAUAAGAUUAACAAAAGGAAAUUUAGAAGCUUUAAAUGCAAGAUUUGCUGAAUAUCAACACCCCCCAUCUAUGUAUAUAACUGAAUAUGAAGAUCUGACGAGCAAACUGAAUGAAUUUCAGAUACAGGAACAAAGAUUAUUGGAGCAAAUAGGCAAUAACUGUGAUGGAAGAGAUUCCCCAGAAUAUUUAGAUGAUGGUGAUUCAUUCCUAGCAGGAAUGCAACUUCCUUCUAAUAAUCAAGUUAAUUUUUCAAGUUGUACAACUGCAGAUACAAGUCCAAGAAUUUCUCCUAGGUCACCUUUAAAAUCUGUAGUGAGAGCUUUUCUACCCAACCAGCAACGUACUACUGUUCAAGUUAGACCAGGACAAACUGUUCGAGAUGCUUUAUUUAAAGCAAUGAGAAGGCGGAAACUUACUCCUGACAUGUGUGUAGUUUAUAGGUGCAAUGGAAAAAUGCGAGUUAAUUGGGAUGAUGACAUUAGUACAUUAGAAGGCGAAGAAAUUACUGUUGAAAUUCGGGAGAGAAUUCCUAUUACUACUAGCAUAUCACAUAAUUUUGUUCGUAAAACUUUCUUUACUCUUGCAUUCUGUGAAUGCUGUAGGCGGUUACUUUUUCAUGGUUUUCGAUGUCAAACGUGUGGGUAUCGCUUUCACCAAAGAUGUGCAAAUGGUGUUCCUACUCUUUGUCAACCUCUACGGGUAGAAAAUAAUUACUAUAGAUAUUUAUUAGCUGGUGCAAGUGGUCCACAGCAGCCUCAAGAAUAUGCAACUCUUCCAAAUCAGUAUUUAUAUCCACAACCACCUGCUACUUCCCCUCCUCAAGCAGUACCCAGACCACACCCACCUCCGCUGGGUCAAAGAGAGCGAUCAACUUCUGCUCCUAAUGUUUGUUAUAACAUGGUCAACCAAACAGAUUUGACAUUAGAGGAGUUUUCCUCUAGACUAAGAGCUCAAGGCUCACAAGGUACAGCUGGUUUAGUACCUUACUGCCAAAGUGCUGCUACUAUUGUCAGUUAUAGUCCAAGCUCUAGUCCCACUAGAACGCAGAGUGCCCAGGGCUCUCCAACGAAUAGCCACAAACCCUGGAGACCUCGUGCUCGGUCAGCUGAUGAAAGCACAAGAAAAAUCAGACCUCCUCGAGAAUCUAUUGAAGACUGGGAAAUUCCUGCUAACGAAAUUCAGACUGAGCACAGGAUAGGCGCUGGAUCAUUUGGAACAGUUCAUAAAGGACACUGGCAUGGUCCUGUUGCUUUAAAGAAACUAAAUGUUACCAAUCCCACGCCAGCUCAACUUCAAGCAUUCAAAAAUGAGGUAGCAGUAUUAAGGAAAACACGACAUGUCAACAUUUUAUUGUUCAUGGGUUAUGUAUCUCAACCUCAACUUACAAUUGUAACACAGUGGUGUGAAGGUUCUACUCUAUAUAAACAUCUUCAUGUUCAUGAACAUAAGUUUGAGAUGCUAGACCUGAUUGAUAUUGCUCGACAAACGGCUCAAGGAAUGGACUACCUACAUGCAAAAAACAUAAUACACAGAGAUUUAAAAUCUAACAAUAUAUUUCUCCAUGAAGAUUUGACGACGGUUAAGAUAGGUGAUUUUGGUCUAGCGACUGUAAAAACGAGGUGGAGUGGAUCUCAGCAGUUUCACCAACCUACAGGCUCAAUAUUAUGGAUGGCUCCAGAGGUGAUCCGGAUGAAAGAUUUAAAUCCAUAUUCCUUUCAGUCUGAUGUAUAUGCUUUUGGUAUUGUUUUAUAUGAACUUAUAGCUGGACAGCUUCCAUAUUCUCAUAUUAAUAAUAAGGAUCAGAUUCUUUUCAUGGUAGGGCAUGGCUAUCUAAUACCUGAUCUUAGAAAUACCAGGUCAGACACUCCCAAGGCUCUCAACAGACUAAUCGAGGACUGUAUUAAAUUCAAUAGAGAUGAACGUCCUCUUUUUCGACAGAUAUUAGCUUCUCUGGAAUCUUUAGCUCGUUCCCUACCAAAGAUUCAUCGUAGUGCCUCCGAGCCUACUCUAAAUCGCACGCAUCUCCAAUCUGAAGACUUCCUGUACAUCUGUGCUUCUCCGAAAACUCCAAUCAACAGUCAGUUUGGAGCAUUUUCUUUCUUCUCUGCCGCAAAUAAUAUAUGAAUUUCCUUUCGUCGCUGAACGGAAAGUACCUGCUCGUGUGAUAACUCCCGCGCUCCAGAGUCGGGGCAACAAGGAAUUGGUUUUCCGCCCCGCCCACAAGUUCGGGAUGGACCACUUUGAAAAUUCAUGCUACCUUGCCUCUUUCAAUUGCAAUAAAGGCCAUGUUGAUUGAUUCUUCACUACUAAUGGAGGAGACACAGUGGUCAGAUUUUCGUUUAUCGAAGCACUCCGCCCAAAAAUCAUCGGUCACCAGUGAGAAAGAGUCGGGGCAUAGAAAGUCCUGCUUGUAUGUGAAAAUGGAAAUCUUGAAACUUGUAUAGCAUUUUUUCAUUGUUCGGUACGGCAGCACAUUUUCCUCUGUAAAUAUGAAUGGACGAUGGGUCGCAUGCAUCUAGUGUUGUACAAAGGUUGAAAAAAAAAACUUUUUUAUUUAUGUGUAAAUGUAAGAAAAAUGAACUGUGUUAUUUAAUUUUCCUGUACCUAAUUUAAAAUGUCAAUUCCAAAGCAAAAAAUGA